AUGGGAGGCGGAGUGAGGGCAGUGGGACAGACGGGGAUCUUUGGAGGAGGAAGGGACGGUGGUUGGGUUUGCAAGGGUUUCUUCAAACGAACCGUUCAAAACAAGCGAGUCUACACGUGUUCAGCCGGCACUUCUGACUGUCCAAUCAACAAAGAGCAACGAAAUCGCUGCCAACACUGCCGAUUCCAAAAGUGCCUUCAACAAGGCAUGGUCGUUGAAGCAGUCCGUGAAGAUCGUAUGCCCGGUGGACGAAACGGUUCAGCUAUUUACAGUAUUUAUAAGAUGAAGUACAAGAAAGCGCGAAGAAUCAGCUCGGAUCAAAUGUCGAGAAGGACGAGUGCCUCGUCGAAUACAAACACUGACACAUCGACCUCUUCAGUCACUGUCACAAGCUCAAAAGCAAAAGCACUAAUCCGAGUGACCCCGUUGCCCCGAACACCGACUGAAGAGAUCUCUGCUUGGACAGCGCCACACUCAACGAGUCGAAACUUGAUACAGGAAUUGAUCGACAUUGAUGGCAUUGACAAAUUGAUCAACUUGAGAGGACUGAAAAUAUUCCUCCGUGAAGGCGAAGACCUCGCCCCAGCCACUCAACGACUCUCUAGAAUCGGAGACGAAAUCGUAGAACAACUCGUGGAAUGGGCAAAGCAAUUGCCAUUUUAUGGAGAGUUGCCCGUCGAGGUGCACACUCAUUUACUCACUCAACGAUGGGCUGAGCUCGUCCUGCUAUCAGCUUGCUUCUAUUCGACUUGUUCGGUGAGCGAUUUGGCAACGCAUUCAUCGCUUACGAAUACGGGGACACAAGACGAGAAUGGAGAGGUGAGCUUUGUCGACUUUGGCGUCAACAUUCGUUUACUUCAAAAUCGGUUGAGCGCUGUAAUGAGAAAAGAUAUUCCAUUGGAACACGUCAUAAAAGAGGCUGGCCCACUGGUUGAAAGGUUUACGACGCUUCUCAACUCUUUCUCGCGACUCCGCGUCUCAGCUGAGGCUUAUGUCUGCAUCAAAGCCAUCGUGCUUUUACACUACACUUCAGCAGAUAUGGGUGAAGGUCGAGAUGGAAUGAUUCGAUUGGCUUUCGCUCGUCGUGUCUCCGCCAUUCAAGAUCAAUUCGUAAAAGCUCUCCAAAUUCAUCUCCUCCAACACGAGAAUGGACCAAGACUCAGUGACAUUUUAACGUGGCUUCCCCAUCUGCACUCAGCUUCCUCCGUACUUCUACACUCAAAAAUGUUCUACGUCCCGUUUCUCAUUUGUAAAAAUCCGGAAAAACUUUGCGGUACAAUCCCUUCAGCUCCUCGUUCUGACCUCUCUGAU